CAGAAUUAGGUCUUUAGUGCAACCAUCAAAAAGGGAAUUUCCAAUUAAAUUAAAUGUAAAGUGAAAGUUAAAACAGAAACUUGAGAGGAAAAAUCUGUUCACAGUAUAAAUAUAUUAUCAUGAUAAAAACUGGAAUACGAGUGAUAAGAGGCCCAGAUUGGGACCCAAAUAACCACGAAGAUGGAGGACAAGGACAUUUAGGGACCAUUAUAGAUGUAUCUAGACAGAACCAGACAUGUACAGUCCAGUGGGAUAAUGGACAGAUAUCUUUCUGUAAAGCAACUUCAGAUCAACAAGAUCUUAGGAUUGUUUACACAGAAAGUACAGUUUCAAAAGGACAUUCUCACUUUGCCUAUUGCAAUAUAUGCAAUAACUCACAACAUAAUGUUAGAGGUUUGAGAUUCAAAUGUGUGACUUGUAAAGAUUACGAUUUGUGUAUGAAAUGCUACAUGGCAGAUGAACACGAUAAAACACAUCCAUUUGUACGUGUCAACAGCAGAAUCUCUAAAGUGAUACCUAUUUUACCUAGAGUUAAAUCCAAGAGAACUAAGUUAUAUGGAUUUGGACCUGGUGCCUGUGUCAUGCUUACACCAUUUGCAACAUCUUCUCAUAUUGAUGAUAUUGGAAGAAUUGAAGAAAUAUUAGAAGAAGAAGGUGGAACAGCUAAGGUAAAAUGGCCUUCAGGGGAGAUAACCACAGUUAAUACUGGUAAAGAUGGUUUAGUAGAAAUAAAGCUGGUAGAACCACAUCAUGUUGGACAUGUUUAUAUUGACCAUAUACCGGCAGCAGAUUUAUCACAGCCUCCUGAUUCCUGUAUCAAUCCUGGAGACAAAGUUUGUGUUGAUCUGAACUUUGACACAUUUAAAGGACUACAACAAGAUUACGGGGGAUGGAAUGAAGAUAUGGAAAAGAUAAUGGGUGAGACUGGUAAGGUUGUGGCUGUACCAAUAAGAACCUCAUGUGAAGUUUACUUUGAAAGUGUUUCCAGAACUUAUGUACUCUAUAUUGCUGCUCUAACAAAGAUGUCAGUUCCUGUUGUUGGAGACAGAGUUAUGGUUCUUGCUGAUGUAGGUAACCUGAUAAGACGUCAAAGAUAUCUGUGGAAGGAACCAAUGAGAAAUAUGAUUGGUAAAACUGGUACUGUAGAUAGUGUUGAUGUGAUGGGUAACUUAUCCAUCAGUUUCUCUGGGAACAAGAAGUUUGUCUUCAGUCCAUCUUGUGUGGUCAAGGAUGAUGGUGACAAUGUGGUGUCAAGGGAACAAACAGGCUCAUUGUCUUCAGACAGUGAAGAGGAAGCCACUAUUAAAUUAACAUUGAGAGACAAACCUUCUGUAUACCAUGAACCAGAGGCAAAGGAGAUGCCUUCUCCAUUUGGUGACGAAGACUCUGUUGACAGCUCUGAUGAUGAUGAUGAUGGUAUGUCCAGUGAAGAGGAACAUGUACCUAAAGUUAACACAUCCAUGGUUAUUGCCCCUGGUUUACGUGUGGUUAGAGGUCGUGACUGGAAAUGGACAGAUCAGGAUGGAGGUGAAGGUCAUUUAGGAACUAUACAGGAAAUCAGUGGUAUGAGAAAGACGUCCUGUCCAGACAAGUGUGCAGCAGUACUGUGGGAUAAUGGGUACCGGAAUACGUACAGGAUUGGCUUCGAAAACUCUUAUGACCUGAGAAUCUACGAUAAUGCUGGAGUGGCUGGUAACAGACACCAGGGAAUGAAAUGUACAGAGGUAACGUGUGAGGAGGAAGAGGAUGAUAUUAUGGGAUAUGUUUGGCAGUGUAUAUCUAAUCCAGAGGUCACGUUAUGUAAUAACUGUUACCAUGGAGAUAAAGGGGAUGUAACUGAAGCAUUUCGUAGAAUUGAAUACCAAGGUCAUAAAGGGGUUAAAGUACCAAAACGUCAGAUGACACAAAGACAGAAACUGUUGGGGAUUGAUGUUGGAGCCAGAGUAACAAGGGGAGCUAACUGGAGAUGGGCUAACCAAGAUGGUGGAGCUGGUCAGCAGGGAGAGGUUAUUGCCCUUGUGAACUUUAGCUUGGACACUGAUCGUGAUGCAGCAGAGAUUACGUGGGGUAACGAGCACUCCAAUGUGUAUAGACUUGGCUAUGAAGGAAUGGUGGACCUGAAGUGUAUCAAGCCAGGGACUGCCAAAUAUUAUUACCCCUAUCAUUUACCAGAACUUAAGAUGCCAGAAGAACCAUUUCACAUUCCUGAGGCAGAGGAGGAGGAGAUACCACAGGCUGAUGGUAGAUUGAGGCAGGGAGAUAAAGUCAUGAUAGGUGUCGACCCAGAUGUCUUUCAGUCUAUCCAUAAAGAAAUGAAGCUGUGGAAAGACAAAAUGAUGGAGAUGAUAGGCAUGACUGGGAGGGUAGAAGGAGUGGAGGGCAUGCUAGUGGCAGUCAACUUUGAUGGGGAGAGAUACAAGUUACAUGAAAUGGCUCUCAAUAAGGUGGAAGUAUUUUCAUCGGGUGAAUUUGUGAAGAUAAUGGAAGAUUAUGACAAGGUUCAGAAAUUACAAAAUGGACAUGGUGAUUGGAAUGAUUUAACUAGAAAGUCUUUAGGAAAGAAAGGGGAAGUUAAAAGUGUCAACGUAGAUGGUGAUGUCAAGGUCAAGUUUGGUGAAGUGUCCUUGACCUUUAACCCUGAAUGCUUGACUAAAACAGAGGGGCCAGCAGACUUUAUGUCUAGCAGUAGAACUGAACCAAGGUCCGAACCAAGGUCCGAACCAAGACCUGAAACAAGGUCCGAACCGAGACAGGAACCCAGACAAGAACCUAAACCAGAGCCCCCUCUUGACAACAGGAAUCCAAGUACAGAUUUCAAGACUGCCGUAGAACAAGACAUGGAAGAUGACGUGUUAAUACAUUUAAACCAAGAACCAAGGAUGGAAAAGAAACGAGAACUGGUGAGUGGUCAAGCUAAUUUCCAUCCCAUCUAUACAGCCUGUAAGAAUGGGUCUGCAGGAGUCCUGAAAGCCUUGCUGAAGUAUGCUGGACCACAGGCUCUGGAGGAAGGUGAUGAUGGCACUAAAAGUACACCACUACAAAUUGCUGUCAAAAAAAAACAUUCUGAUUGUGUAGAAUUACUGCUGAGUUACAAUGUGAAUAAGGAUGCAGUAAAUGACCACAGACAAUCAGCUGUCCAUCUGGCCGUUCAGAACAGAGAUGUAGCCACGCUUCGUGUUCUGAGGAAACAUAAAUGUGACAUCAAUGAAAAGGAUGCCCUAGGAGAUAGCCCUGUAGUAGAUGCUAUAGUUAGACAACAAGGAGACAGUACGGAGAUGUUAGAUGUCAUACUAGAUUGGCCGGGAAUUGACCUGAACUUUGAAAACAAAAAUGGAUUUUCUCCUAUCCAUAUAGCUGCCAGGAAGGGAGAUUUAGGAGCAGUAAAAAAUCUCUUAAAGAAGGACAGGAAGUUACUCAACAAGGAGAAGAGUGAUGGAUACACACCUUUACACCUGGCUUCAUGUAUGGACCAUCACCUAGUCGUACAAUAUCUCCUAGACCAGCCUGGUAUUAACAUUGAUGCUAGGACAAGAGACAAAGGUCAGACAGCCUUGUUGAUUGCUUGUUUCUAUGGCAGCAGAAAAACAGCAGAUAUUUUACUGAGUGAAAAAUACAAUUGUCAGAUUGAUGUGAGGGACAGUGAUGGUAACAACGCCUUACAUUUAUGUCUUAGUGGUCCACCCCAAGUCAUGGAAAUUACCGAGAUUCAGAGACCCAACCUGAGAGAUAAUGACAAACAGAUAAAACAACAACUAGACCUGGCCGAACUCUUAGUCAAUAAAGGUGUGCCAUACAAUGUUCAAAAUAACAGCGGGAAACUACCACAGGAACUGCCGUCUGCUGAGAAAUUGAAAGAAGAAUUCACUGCUAUAAUUGUUCUAAGGUCGAGUAGAGAAAAACACCAGUUAUGUCCCUUGUGUGAAGAAGAAGGUAACGAGGUGUAUGCUGUGUUUGUGGUACAACCAUGUGGAUGUUCUCUUUGUAAUGGAUGUUUCAAUCCCAAAUUCAAGAGCUGUCCGAACUGUGGUGAAAGUAAAAAGUCAUCUACAACACUCAGGAGGAAGUAAUGUGUUCAGUGACUCUUUUCACCAACAAAUUUCUGAUUAAAAUUGACUGUAAAUUAAACUGAAAUAUCAUGACUUGAAAAGAGUCAAAGAACUAUAGUGAAACUUUGUGUUGUUUUAAGUCAAUUUGAUUCUUAUUCUAUAGCAUAAUAUAUUAAAAAUGGCAAAUGAUGUUGCAUUUUUAUUAUUAGAUGGCAACAACAUCCUUUACAAGCUUGGUAAUACUGCAUAACUGCAAAAUAUAAUCAAGAUUGUGUAUUGGUCCAUUAUAUCGAACAUUGAGUUGGUCUUUUGUAUUUGUGCAUUGUUUGAAUUGAUUUGAAAAAUUAAAUUGAAAUAUAAAUAAAGUUGGAACUAUAAUUAGAAAUAGAAAGGAAUUCAGGUGUUGGUGAUCAUUUCUUGUCUAUUGUUGAUAAAAUAUAAGAUCAAAACUCUGUAUGAUUAUUCCCUUUAUACUACAACUCUAGAAAGCAUAUUUAUUUAUUGGGUAAUGUUAAAUGAACAUUUUGGACAUUAAGGAAUAAUAAAGAUGUCAUAUAUCAAGUGCUUUAGUAUAAUAGGAAACAGUUUGAUUGCAUAUCAUUGCUUAUCCCUCUUCAGUUUCUUUUGUUAUUGCUUAGCUGUCUUGAAAAUAUAUAUCCCAAAUCUCUCUCACUCAUUCAUAAGCAAAAUUCAGUGACAACAGUCUAACUUCAGUGACAAAACUUAAUAAUGACAUUAUUGUAUAUUAUUAACUGCUUAUACAUUGCAGUUUACUGAUCUUUAAAUUUAGUUGGUUAAAGCUCCACAGAGAAGUUGUUACUUGUAUCAAUUUGUACCUCUUUGCAGGUAGCAGUUUACGUUUAUUUGUAUAUUGUUAUGACAUAAUCUAUUUUAUGAAUGCAAAUAAAGUGUAAUAUAAAUCCUA